UCCGCACACGUGAUUUCAGUUCACCUCCCCUCUUCUUUCUUCGCUCUCUUCCUGUUCUCUUCGAUGGCUCCGACCAGGCCCGAAGAAAUGAAUGAACCCAAUGACAUGGAAGAGGUCGACGACACCACUUCAUCGUCUCCUCGCACUACCGCUGUCCAUUUUGGUGGAGGAGAAUCGAUGCCUGAGGAGAUGAAAGGGUCGAACAGGAAGAAGAAGAGGAAGAAGAGAGUCCAAUUGGAUGGAUAUGAAGUGGCUGACAACGCUAAUGGUGAUUGUCUUCAACAAGACCCUUUGGAUGUCCUUGGUUGGGACUUGAUGAUGAAGAUUCUUAGUAAUCUCGACGCACGCAGCGUGGCACUAUCUCUCCUUGUCUCUCGCAGGUGGCACCGCCUCGCUUCUAGUGAUCGUCUCUGGAGCUCUAAGUGCGAGGAAUUGUGGCUCGGAAAAGCGCACAUUCCUCGCUUGUCACAGGUUCGGGGAAUAUCCAAGUUGGCUGCUUAUUCAUUAUCUGUUAUCGAUGGCAAACGAACUCGUAUCAUGAGGGAUGAUCUAUGUGAUCAUGUUUGGGAAUUCCAUUUUACAAAGGUGGCUCCAGAAUAUUGGAGAAAUCUUGAUCCCUACUGGAAAGGCACUGGUCCUCCCAUGCGUCGCUACUUUCAUCAAGAUGGAAGCCAAACUGCGGAUCCUGGUGAUAGGGUAUGGGGCGGCCAUGAAUGCUGUUUUUCAAUUGUAACUAGUUUUAUCUGGGAUGGGACAAUCAGGGAGCACUAUGUUAGGAUAAACCGAUGGCCCCGAAUGUCUGUGUCUAGGAAACAGGACUGGAGCUGGGAAAUGUCCAAUCACCUCUUUUGCUAUUCCAGUAUUCCUGAUGCCUCUAAGGAAGGUGGGACUGGGCCACUCUUUUUGGUUAUGUAAGUAUCUUUCUUCUAAAUGUAUACUUGGUUUAGGAUCUUUGCUUGGGGCCACACAUAUAUGAAGUAACUGGGGAUUGUGCACUUCUUUUCUGUGUAUAUCUUGGUAGUGGAUUAUAGAUGUGGUAGUAACUAAUCAUGCUCAAGGUCUGUAACUCGUGCGUGCUUUACCAAACAAAUAAACUUUUCAAUCGAUAAAUGUAGCUUUGUGUUUUCCAUGUAAA